CACCUACAACACAUUUGUCUCCAUGAUCUCUUCAGUCGACACGACAAUAUCUUAAUGACAUCUUCUGCUUUUUGUGUGUUCCUGUUAGGGUAAUCCUCUCGCACGCAUGGCGAAAUCGUUCCAUUGUCUUCGAUUCGCGUCUCGUUCUUCCCCUUUUGCACUCUUUGCCUUCUCCCCUAGUACUACUUCUCAUCUCCCCUUUCUGCGCCUUAUCUCGGGUGAGUUUGUUCACCCCUUCUCUUGGGCGCACCCCGUGUUGUUCCCAUUCUAUUAUUCUAUUGUGCGCCACAAAUAUUCCACCCACACAAAUGGAGGAAAGACGAAUCCCUAUCGAUGUUCUUGUUGAAGGUACGACCUGCCACUAGCUUUGAAAUCGAAGAAGAACAAAGGUCUUACUCCCACUUUAAUACUGAAACACAACUUCGGCAUCAGCAGGGCACGACGAUGGAUUACAUUUCCGAGCAUCAACAGCAACCAAAUGUUUGUGAUCAUUCCUAGCCACCAUAUUGAAUCCAAACUCCCUAUGCCAGGUCGCAGAUUCGAACGUCCAUUGAUCCCCUUGUGGUGAGAUAAAUGCAAGUCUUAUUGACGCUGCUUCAUAGAGCUUUCCAGAAUUCCAUAAGAGAGAAACAAACAGGGUUUUGAAAAUUUUCUAUCACUUUCUCGGGAAAAUCAUAUCACUCCUCCGGUGAAAAUGCCGUCGUCAAUCUCGUCGGAGACCAGCAGCUGCAGCGGAGGCUGUUCGCCGUCGAACCUGGAACGUUUGCUUCAAUGUGUCACACCUGUUGUUCCUUCUCACACUCUGCCUCAGAGCUGCUUGAAUGAUGUAAAUCGCCUCUGGCAACCUCUUGGCAAGGAGAAAAUUGAAUAUUUCACCUUGAAAGAUCUCUGGGACUGUUUCAAUGAAUGGAGUGCGUAUGGUGUCGGUACGCCUGUGACUCUAGAGAGUGGUGAUACUGUGAUUAACUACUAUGUUCCGUAUCUAUCUGCUAUCCAAUUGUACACCAAUAAGUCUGUGGCAGCUUCACAGAAUCAGAGAGAGGAUGGUGAUGGAGUUGAAUUUGAAAGCGAUUCAUGGAGCGAUGAUAGUGGAAGUGAUGACCUCUCUAGGUCACUGAGUAACAAUUCCAGCAAAACUUGGGAUGCUGUUUCUAACGACUCAAGCUCUGACCAGGAUGGUUCAUCACCAACAAAGGAUCAGCUAGGCCACCUCUACUUACAGUAUACUGAGACGGCUGCGCCCUACGCGAGAGUUCCGCUUAUGGAGAAGAUAUCUGAGUUAGCUAGAAGCCACCCGGCCAUAAUGACAUUGAAAAGUGUAGACCUUUCCCCUGCAAGUUGGAUGGCAGUUUAUUGGUAUCCGAUUUAUACUAUCCCGGGUCGUAAGAAUGUCAAGGACAUGGAAGCAUGUUUUCUCACUUACCAUACUCUGUCAUCGUCAUUCCAAGAUUGUGGAACGGAGUCUGACGACAUUGACAUGGACAAGGAGAAAGAAUUAUGUUGUUUCAGUGAGUGGGGAAGCAUUCUGGAAGAGCAAUGCAAGAAAAGGGACAGUGACUGCAUAUCUCUGUCUCCUUUUGGACUAGCUACUCACAAGUUGCAGGAAGAUGUUUGGUUAAACCCAGAGCCAUAUGAUAAGGAUAUGGUUACCUAUCUCUACAGUGCAGCAGAUUCAUGGCUAAAACAGCUCAAUGUCAAUGAUCACCAUGAUUUCAACUUUUUCACAUCAAACCUUACCUUGUAAAGUGGUUUCUCUUCAUCCUUACCUGACUGCUAUCAUGUUUGGUUCCAUGCUAGAAUGUUUUAGAAUCGAUUCUGGUAGGAAGCUACAAGACUUGGCUUUGGCUUCUGUGCAAACCGUGAAACUAAACCCUUUGUUUAGCUUUGAACUGACACCGGCCAUAAAAGAAAUCCCCCUGGGUGCAAUUCUGAAAACAUUCAGAAUCUGAGGUUAUCUCAUAAGAGUAUAACCCUUGAGCAUUGUAAAUUUUUGUUAAUGGGUAGGGGGUGAGUUUUUAACCAUAGUUUUGGUUUUUCAUGCUGUUAUCCUAGAAAGAGGGUAAUUGUUUGUUCUAGGUAACUGAAACUUAUGAUGCAUGUCUUGUACUUUAGUCCUUUUUUAGUUUUCAAAAGAUCUUCUCUA